UUGUUGGUCCAUCAGAAGGCCCGCAUGGAGAGGCUGUGGCAUGAGCUGGAGCUGAAGAAGAAGAAGCUGGAGAAGCUAAAAGAGGAAGUCAAUGAGAUGGAGAAUGACCUAACCCGAAGACGACUGGAGAGAUCCAACUCUGCCUCACAGAUCCCUUCUAUUGAGGAAAUGAAGCAGUUACGUUGCAAAAACAGGUUAUUGCAGAUCGACAUUGAUUGCCUCACCAAAGAAAUCGAUCUCCUUCAAACAAGAGGACCACACUUUAAUCUCAGUGCAAUCCAUAACUUCUAUGACAACAUUGGAUUCCUUGGUCCCGUCCCACCCAAACCCAAAGGUACUUCAUCUGUUGACUCCAGCAGUAAGAUCGUGAAGGCCAUCGCAGACCAGGAGGAGGACGAGGGGACGCAGUGGAACUGCACGCCUGCACCUUCCUCAACCAUCCCGCCCUCAAUCGCUGUGAACAGUGCGAAUUCCCGCGGCGCUUCUGAGCCAAGCAGGCUGCAACACGACGCCCCUCUGCCCGCCUUCUUUCUACCACACUAGAUUAGAAAAGGACUCUGGGUGAUCCUUCUUUCCGAGUCGUGUGACCUUGGGGACGGGGGCGUGGUCCUGGCACGAUGCGGGGCCCGUUACGGUUGAUAUGGUUUUUUUGCCUCUGAGGUCAUCAGAAUCCCGUCCUCUGAACUUACUGGCACAGUUGGACGAUACCUCACCUUCGAGUCGUGGACGGUCUCAAUACCUCGCUGCUCCCACUUACAGUAUUACGAGUGUGGCAGGUGCAUUUGUGCCUUUUGCUGAAUACGUUUCUUGUUUUGUUUUUUUCGGCUGCCGUGGCUGUGACCGGGGAUCGGGAACUGAGGUUGGCCACUGCGCUCCAUCUGAAGGGAAAUUUAUUGGACUACUCGUGGACUUUACUGUUUGCUGUUUCUCGGGGAGGUUGGGGGGGCCCUGCGUCCUCCCCCCUCAGUGUCCUCCUUCAGUCACGAGUUGGUGGUGAACGUGCAUGCUUUGUGUACAGUACACGGAGGCCUUUUACUGUACAUAUGUUUAGAAUAUGCCUUAACUCCGCCUUCCUCACACUAAGAAUCACUUGUAUUUCCUGUAAGUAGCUCUAUAGACUUUAUUAACUGCCUUGUUUUGUUUCCCUCUCUCUAAUACGUACCCUGCUCCCUUUUUAAGCUUUACCACUUUUUUUUCUGUGAGAGUUGAAGCCUUGCAGGAGGAGGAGCAGA